UAGUUUCAUUGUUUCCUUCAUUACAGAUAACACAAUCCAAAACGAAACAAAAAUAUAAGUUUGUCUUCUGACGGAAAAAUGGUUGUCGCCAAACAGUCUCCUUACGAAGAGUUUCGACUUAGAAGAUUGGAAGAGAACAAAAAACGAAUGGAAGCUCUGAAUCUGCCAAAUCUCUGCCAAACUCUCCGUUUAACUUCUGUCAAAACUUCUCCGAUGAAGAAGUCAAAUCUGGCAAGAGAGAAACAGCUCGUGGUUGUUCGUCGAUCUAGCCGUAUCUCAAAUGCUUCUUCUUCUUCUCCUGUUUACAAAGAAGUUGUUGUUCAACGAGUGCAUCUACCCAGAAGGGUGUCCAAGGGGAGAGAUUUGUCGAAUCGAGUUUAUGUUUCUGAAGAAAUAAGAGAAGAGGCCUUUUCAAAAGCUGAGAAGUUGCAGGCUGAUUUGCGGAACCGCUUCCCAAGUUUUGUAAAAUCCAUGCUUCAGUCACAUGUUUCUGGUGGAUUCUGGCUGGGUCUUCCAGUUCAUUUCUGCAGAUCUGAACUGCAGAAACAAGAUGGUGUCAUAACACUGAUUGAUGAAGAAGGCGAGGAGUUUGAGAUCGUGUACUUAGCGAAAAGGACUGGACUUAGCGGGGGAUGGUUGGGUUUUGCGGUUUCUCACAACCUAGUAUAUGGUGAUGCACUUGUCUUCGAGUUAGUUCGUCCUACCGUCUUCAAGGUUUACAUUACAAGAGUUAAAAGUUCUGGAGAAAGCCUAAAGAUGUGAGGUGUGUGGUCUGUUAGGAUUUUUGGAGAUGACUAGUGUUAGAAGUUUACCCUUUUGUGUCUUUGUAUGUAAGCUGUUAAUUCUGCGCUAGUUAUAAAAGUGUUGGUGUGUGCUCAAGGCUGUUAUCACAUCUUUUAUUUACAGUAUUUUGGAAGUGGUUGUUUCUUUUACACAAGGUGUAAAAUCCUUGAAAUUUUAGGA